GGCGGGGCGCGCGUUGUCCCGGCCUGUGUGGAGCUCGGCGGCUGCAGACGAAGCGGCGGCGGCAGCAAGGCAGGCGGCGGCCCCGGGAGCGGCAACAUGAGCGGGUCGCAGAAUGAUGACAGAAGGCAGUUCCUGCUGGAGCGGCUGCUGGACGCAGUGAAGCAGUGCCAGAUCCGCUUUGGAGGGAGAAAGGAGAUUGCCUCAGACUCGGACAGCAGGGUGACCUGUCUGUGUGCCCAGUUUGAAGCCGUCCUUCAGCAUGGCAUGAAGAGGAGCCGAGGAUUAGCACUCACAGCUGCAGCCCUCAAACAGGCAGCAGGCUUCGCCAGCAAAACCGAGACAGAGCCCGUGUUCUGGGUCUACGUGAAGGAGGUGCUCAGCAAGCAUGAGCUGCAGCGCUUCUACUCCCUGCACCACAUCACCGCGGACGUCGGCCGAGGCCGGGCCUGGCUGCGCUGCGCCCUCAAUGAGCACUCCCUCGAGCGCUACCUGCACAUGCUGCUGGCCGACCGGGCCAGGCUCAGCACAUUCUAUGAAGAUUGGUCUUUUGUGAUGGAUGAAGAAAGGUCCAGCAUGCUCCCUACCAUGGCAGCUGGUCUGAACUCCAUACUCUUUGCAAUUAACAUUGACAACAAGGAUUUGAAUGGGCAGAGCAAAUUUGCUCCCACUGUCUCCGACCUCUUAAAGGAGUCAACGCAGAAUGUGACAUCUUUGCUGAAGGAGUCCACACAGGGCAUGAGCAGCCUCCUCAGGGAGAUCACAGCAUCCUCUGCUGUCUCCAUUCUCAUCAAGCCAGAGCAGGAGACUGACCCUCUGCCUGUCAUAUCCAAGAACGUCCAUGUUGACACCCGAUGUAAAAGGGAGCGGAGAAGGAGGAAGAAGGUGACCAACAUUGUCUCUUUUGAUGACGAUGAGGAAGAGCAGGGCCCUGGGGACACUUUAAAAAAGAUGCCUGGGACUGCAGAAAGCUCGGAGGAGAACUCUGACCGAUCCUCUGUCAACAUCAUGGCGGCCUUCGAAGGCCCGUUUGGGCCAAAUUCCAACGGUAGCCAGAGCAGCAACUCAUGGAAAAUUGACUCUGCAUCUUUGAAUGGGGAGCUGGUGUACCAGAAGCUUGACGUGAAGAGCAUUGACGAUGAUGUGGAUGAGAACGAGGAGGAUGUGUACAGGAACCCAUUAGGGAGGGGGCACACGGACCACGCGGAGCCACCAGACAGGACGCUGGAUGGGAGCGCCUGCCUUCCCCAGGUACAUGGCUGGGCCCCGCUGCAGGUGCUCCAUGGAGACGCUGAUGCAGAUCCUGACGUCCUCUUCCCUGUCAGUGGAGUGGGCUCCUAUGGUGCAGCAGAUGCCCCUGUGGGAAGUCUGGAGAAUGGAACAGGAACAGAGGACCACAUAAUCCCAGAGCCUGGCCUUCGGUACAGUAGGGAAGCCAGUUCUCCAGGCCGAGGAAGUCCUCUGAGCAGCUUGUUACCUUCUGCCUCGGUGCCUGAGUCCAUGACAGUCCAUGAACUGCGCCAAGCCAUCGUGGCCAUGAUGAACAGAAAGGAUGAACUGGAGGAAGAGAACGGGUCACUGCGGAAUCUCCUUGACGGUGAGAUGGAGCACUCGGCGGCUCUCCGGCAGGAGGUGGAUGCCCUGAGGAGGAAGGUGACAGAGCAGCAGGAACGUCAUGCCACAAAAGUCCAGGCGCUGGCCAGAGAAAACGAGGUGCUCAAAGUCCAGCUGAAGAAAUAUGUAGGAGCUGUCCAGAUGCUGAGAAGAGAUGGUCAGACUGCGGAAGUUGUACCUAGUCUUUGGAAUGUUGAUGCAGAAGUCACAGUCCCUGAACAGAAGCCUGGGGAAGUUGCUGAAGAACUAGCAAGCUCCUACGAGAGGAAGCUCAUCGAGGUGGCCGAGAUGCAUGGGGAGUUGAUUGAGUUCAACGAGCGUCUGCACAGGGCCCUGGUGGCCAAGGAAGCCCUGGUGUCGCAAAUGAGGCAGGAGCUGAUUGACCUCCGAGGCCCGGUGCCUGGAGAUUUGAGCCAAACAUCUGAAGACCAGAGUUUGUCGGAUUUUGAAAUAUCAAAUCGGGCACUGAUCAAUGUCUGGAUCCCUUCUGUGUUUCUCCGAGGCAAAGCAGCCAACGCAUUCCACGUGUAUCAGGUCUACAUUCGGAUAAAAGACGACGAGUGGAACGUGUAUCGGAGGUACACCGAGUUCCGGGGGCUGCACCACCAGCUGCAGAGUGCUUUCCCGCAAGUAAGGGCGUACAGCUUCCCUCCCAAAAAGGCCAUCGGAAACAAGGAUGCCAAGUUUGUAGAAGAGCGACGAAAGCAGCUCCAGACUUACCUACGCAGCGUCAUGAACAAGGUCAUCCAGAUGGUGCCCGAAUUUGCUGCCAACCCCAAGAAGGAGACCCUGGUGCAGCUGGUGCCCUUCUUUGUGGACAUCACCCCACCUGGAGAACCGCUGAACAAGAGCACCAGGCCCAAAGUAGUUACCCGCUUCCCUAAGCUGUCUCGAGGCCAUCCCAGGGAGGUGCGCAACGUGGAGCCUCAGAGUGGUGACCUCUGACCUCAGUGGACUCUCAGCCCUCAGCCACUUUGUGCUCAACCUUGCCGUGGCCGCUGGCCCUGGACACCUUGGCAGGAUGACCAUGUCCCCAACAGAGAACACACCCUUCCUGCUGCCACAUGCCACCCAAUUAAACUGCUCAGUUUUAGUUGCUGGGUUUCUGUCCUUAGAGCAAGGCAUUGCUCGCUGGACAGACACAGAUGGGGGCACUGUCACUACCCCCAGGGUGGCCGGGGAUGGUUGUCUCCUCCUCCAGUUCUGCCAACAGGACAGUGGGUGCCAGGCUGGGCCCAGACCCCUGGCUGAGAUGCCCAACACAUGGCUGAAGGAUCCUUCAGAUGCCUCCUGUGACGCUUUCCCACGUGGGAACUAGAAUGACUGUUACACUCUGGAAUUUCCCGCUGCAGCUGCCUGCUGCAGUGGGGGAUGGGGUCUCCUUCCCUGUCCUCUUCCCCCUGUGUGGACACCAAGAACACUGCCACAUGGCAUGUAUGGAUAUGAUUUCUCCAUCUAGUGGCCUGGCAAAGGCAAUUGGCAGUGACUGGCUCGUGAGGAACUUCCCCUUCCCUCCUCGUGCUGGCUCCAGGAAGCAACGUCCAUACAGGAAACCGGACGCUGCCCCAGCAAGGACAGCGAGUUGGACCAGCACAACCCUCAGCAGCAGCCUGAGAACUCUGACCUGAGAAUUGGUGGCUGUAACCUCAAGUCACUAGAGGUUUGGCUCUGGGCAUUACUGUGGAAGGCUAGCCCUCUAGGCUCUCAGACCCGGUGCCAGAACUGAAGAGAGAAUGAUUGUCCCCUAACAUCUCAGUGGGAGCAGAAUGCUGUGUCCCCACAAGAUGUAGCUCUAUCGCUCAUGUCUCAGGGUCCCAUCCUGGAGUCCAGGGCUCGCAGGCAUGGGGUGGGGUAAGACCCACAGCUCUGCCUUCCUCUGCCAUCAAGGCUGCCCCGCCCCCAUUCUCAGAAGCCACUUCCGUGGUGCUCUGCCUUUCUAGGUCAGAACCUCCUGGCUGUCUGCGUGCAGUGUGGAGGGGCUUGCCAAAGGGACCAUGUACCAAGCAGUGUGCACUUCUCUGCCUGCCAAGGAAGGAGUACACAGUGGCGUCUACCAAGGGGUGGUGGAAGGCAGCCUGAGCAGGAGAUGUAGGAUCCUGCUACGCCGCCCACAUGUCCCACAGCAGCGUCCUGAGCACCAGGUCUUUGGGACACCUGGCCUAACAUGUCACUAAGAGUCUGGGCUCUCUCUCACUGCAAACAGGGCAUAUAUAGAGCCAUCUUUCACAUUCAGCACCGGCAGUUAAAUCAGGGAAGGAAGGAAGGAAGGAAGGAAAGGCAGUCAGGCUCCCAGACUUCAGGCAUUGGUUUUCUGGGAUUAAUUAUGGGGAACUUGCCUGACUCUGCCAUAAUGUGAAUACAAAGGCUUGGUUCCAGGGACUCUGCAGGCCCUUUGGUUUGGUUGCUUGACAUCGGCCUCCUACCCAGUCCAUUUCCCCAUCUCGGGGAUUGACACUAGGGCCUUGCGAGUGCUGGACAAGAGCUCUCCGGCAAGCCUCACUCUAGCCUCGCCCACUCACUGCUUCCACAGAAACCCAGCAAACUCCUGGUUCCAGGUUGCCUGACUUAUACCUCACAAGAGCAUGUCUGCACUCAGACAGAGCAGGGCAGGGCAGGGUCAGGUGAUGGAAGGCCGUUCCCACAGUGCUCCUCAGAUCUGAGGCCCAGUCCAGAGGAGAAUGCAGAGUCGUAGCCACCUGGUCUGACACAACCUCAGCUGUUCAGGAGCCAGUUUCCUAAUUCUCCCCUGACUGUGGCCUUGGCAUUCUUGUGGCUGUUAAAACUUUGUUUCUAUGAGUUCACAUGUCCUGAGGGCAGGUCACAGUGUUCUGGGUCUUGCUUACUGUGUCAUCUAUUCCUGCUCCAUCUGUCUGUGUAACCUGUAGACACAACUGGCCCCUGAGGAGAGGCUGGGCCCUGUUCUCUUAGGUCCACCACCACACUCCCUCAUGGUGGCAGCCUGUAUGUGCAUUCACCCACCCAAUAUGCUCAACUGAGGGACUCCUGAGAGACUUAGAUCUUCUGCCAGCGGGAAGACUCAGGAGCAGGCAGUCUCUCCAUGGUGCCCUGCCCCUGCCUGCUCUAUUGUCUGAGAAGCAUGCAAGAAGGAGUGGCCUCAUGACCAUGGCAAUAACAGUCCUGAUUGCCCAACAUUCCCACUUAGAGACAUUGCUACCCACCCCAGAGCCACGUCCUGGCCUGGGAGCUGUGUCCAGAAGGCAGGUGCCUCCUUACGAACAAGGUCUAUUGUAACAAACAUUCUCCAAACUAUCGUGCAUUAUUUCACUAAAGCUAGUGUUAAGUGUUUGCUGUUUAGGUUGGUUUUGCUAACUUUGCACAACUGUAGCCCUGUAUAUUUUAUCUAAUAUUUCUGUGCCAAAAAGUUCAGGUCCUGUUGCUGUGAUGUGUGGUCUCCAUUAUGCAUCUGAAGUAAAGUCUAGGCAGUGGAUAGGGAGGGGAGAGGGCACAGCGGCUGGGCUAGAGUGGCUGCCGUGUGGGGGCCUGGGGUUCACUUGUCCCGGGGCCAUGUUCUCCCGCUCUGAAGACAUCUCACCUCCUGUUCCAGUGCCCGCCACCCGCUGCCUGCUCAGCUCUGCCUCACCAGGAGGUGCCCACUUGACCACAGGGAAGUUUGGUUUUUUGUUUUCUUUUUCAUCAGUAGGACAGAUUGGGAAGACCAAGCAAGAAUUGGGACAUGGGCCACAUGACAAUGGUCUGCACAGGAACCAGGGUUGCUGAGAACCUGGGAAGAGGGCCUGAGAGCUGGGACCUCCAGGGAGUGAAGGCCUUGGUCUGUUAUCUCAUCCACCCUGCAAAGGUCUCUGCGGCUGCUGCAGCCCUGUCUGGAGCCCAGAGAUCUGAGCAUGUGCUGUUCUGUCUCCCCUCUUAUGUUAAGGUUUACACAAUAGAAUUUUUAAACAAAUAUGUUUAAUUUUCUAAAAUCUCUUGUAUUAAAUUUUUCUUUUGGAAUAAGCUGUGGAUUUUGUUACAAUCUGGUUGAGAGAAGCCUUUUCAGUGAGGGGAUUAAAAUGGCAUUUUCUAAAUUA